GGCGCCUUCUUUUCUUCUUCGGCGUCUUCCCCAUCCGUUUGUAUUGGAAGUUGCACGGGCUCAGCAGAACUCCUUGUUUCCCAAUCACCCCCAUCAUCACAAAAGCUCUAUCUGAUCAAGUUCGUCACUGAUUAACCACGUUCCACACAGGCUUCUUGCCAGUCAGAACUUUCGUUACAAUGCCUUCAAAGAACAACAACAAGCUCAACUGGGACGGCAACUUCAGCCGAACCUAUCCGCUUCCUCCGGCGUUCAAAUGUGCUGUUGGUGGCGAGUGGCGACCUAUUCUUCGAUUCUCAAAGAAUCAGCUUGCCAUCUGGCACAAGCGAAAACGUUCUCCCAACGAUGGCAUAACACCGGCCAACAUCAAACUUGUAUGCCGUGAUCACACUGGCGAGCCAGUCCUGUCACUCAAGUGCAACGGCCCCUGCGGUUUGCACAAGGCUCGCGACAAGUUCAGUACAGCACAGAGACGCAACAAGUUCCGUUGGUGUGGAAGCUGUGUGCGAUGGCGAGCACAGCAGGAAUACGAUUCCGUCCCAAUUGCUGCCCCCAACGAAGUGAACGACGCUCCUGACGAAGUAGAGGGCUUUAUGGCUCAGCAGGAUGACCAGGAUGACCAGCAAGGGGACCAGCCCGAAGUACAAGGUGGUGAGCGUGAUGGACAGCAUGAUGAAUUUGCUGAUAUCCCCAGCCUUGCAGACGGUGAAGACCUUCUGUUGACCGACAAUGAGAACGAUGACAGCCCCGAGACAUCAGUGGCUGGCUAUGGUCAUUAUUUUUGCGAUGAGUCCUCGGAGUAUUCUGAUGAUGAUGAUCAUAUCACCACUGCUAACUGCGCUCCCGCCGACGACAUUGCAAAGCCCAUGAGCACCAUGAUAAUCAACACAAAUAGGUCGCUGAGGGUACCUUCGGUCAAUUUGAUUUCAGGAUCCACUCAGGCUUCACAGCAAUCAUCCCGAUUCACCUCUACUUCGGUCUCUCAGGGUGCCGGGACCCGCCAUGCUUUGGCCUCAACUCAAAUCUCAACGUUUGAUGUGCAAGGCUCAUCUGAAGCACACUCGACUCAAACAUCAAAAUCAUCAUGGAUGCCCCUUCACUUGUUGGCGAAUGAGAAUCAAGUCACUCUUCGAGAGAGGAACCUUAUUCAGCGUCAUGUAUCAGGCCCUGUCGAAUCUGGCGCCUCAACUCCAUCUAUGGUAUCAAGCGACUCUCGAGCUGGUAUUCCGACAAUGUCGACGGAUUCCCGUGUCCCUUCGUCCGAGGUACAAGGUCCCCGUGCCCUGCGGGCUCAAAAGUUCACUGCCUUCGACCCCAACGGUAACGCACAUCAGAGAGACGUUGGUGGUACAAGCACUGGAACCAACGCCUCGGCUGCACAUGCAGCAGGAAGUGUCACGGAUCGUAACAAACCGCAGAAGGGCAAUGGUAACUGGGCACGGGUGGACAGGCGAAAAGUCUUCCACUCGUUGUGGGUACCGGAGAAUAGAUCAGGCAAUGGUUAUGUCGACACCUACAAUUCUGGCAGUGAGGACGAGAUGUAAUUUCAACCUUCCUCAAUAGCUUGUGGGGUUACUAUAGAACUGAACAUGUCGACUGUUUUUCUGCGUUGUUUUAUGGUUAGUGAUAUGGUUUAGAGUUUAGUGGUAAGCGCAUAAGUUCACAAUGGUCACGACUGCUUGCUGGCAGAUGUCACUGAUGUGACAUGGGAAUACCUCAAAGGUCACUAGACUUUGGUGAUUGUUAUCCGUGGACAGCUAGUAGUAUAGCCUAGGAUCUAAUUGAC